AUGUCCAUCGGAGCAGCUCGUGAUCCACUUGAGAAAGACCUCGAGACGCUCAUGGAAGAAGAGUUCGGUGUUGGAUCAGUGCGGGACACGGAUCCACCACGCAAACGUCUUCGCGGAUCGAUCGGCAGUUUCGAUGAGCUUCACGACAUGCACCACCGCGAAGCAGCCAUCCCGGUACCACCACCUCCUCAGGACAUUGGGGUUUCCAGACCCUUGAUAAGCAAGGUUCAAGCAUACAAGACCUGGGCCGAACACGAACAAGGACAUCUUCUUCCUGCACAUCGCAUCAUUGUGGCCAUGAGCAAGUUCGUUUGCGAGCUUGAUUGUACCAACUACAUGUUGUCAAAUAAGCAGAAACUGAUGCUGGCCAUGCUUCUUGACGGGGAUCACUGGCGUGCUCACAAACGACAAAUCUUCCACUACGACAAUGGAGCAUGGAUCAUGAAGGGCAGCUUGAACAUUGUCGCUUGGGACAAUCUUCUAGCCCUCGAAGGUCUUUUCAUACAGUUGGCCUUGAAGCUUCAGGAUGAGAAUGCUUCCAUGACUUGGUCCUGGGAGGAGGCCAAGCACUACAUCUUGGACAUUGUUGCUGAUGGUGUGGAGGGCAACGGUGAUCUCAUCGGCGCGCUUGUCAAAGUUGCUAAGGAUAACAGCGAUCAUCUGAGAGCUUCCACGGCAAACAAAACAUGGCAGGCACACUGGACGCGGCGGUGUGCUGACAUGAUGGCACAACUCCGACGGAGCUGGGAGGAUGACAAGCCGAAGCACAUCAUCUCGAAGCUGUUCCUGAGUGAAUGGGACACACCGAUGCCCCAAUCGAGAGGAAUUUGUUUUGAUGAUGUUUAUAUCAAUCAGGCCUGGCAGGUCACCAACAAGUCGCCAGAAGCCAACUGCAAGUGCACCGGCAAGAUGAUUUUUGAAAUAGGGCGAGGAGGCGAUGGCAAGGGUAUGGAAGCUGUGUUGGACACAGCGCUCUUUGGCAACGAGGCCAGUGCGACUCUGGAUUGUGGAGUGACCAGCUCAAGUCAUUUCUCGGCGGUCUUCCUUCGAGAUUGGUGCAUUCUGUUCUUCGAAGACAACCCAAUCCAGGAUUGCUUGGACCUGAUAAACAAUUUGGAGGGUAAUGUACUCGAUAUGGUUUCCGAGUCAAACGAGCGUGUCUUGGAAGUGCAUGAAGCCACACCUUGGAAGAGAGUCAUCAAGGAGUAUUUGAUCCUGAAGGUCGAAUCACUGCCUGGACAUGUCAGUUCCUACAAGGGAAAGCGCACCAAGAUGUCAUACUUCGUGGAAGCGGUCGACCAUGCAGAAUAUCUGCUCUUCAAGCAGGUCCAAUCACAAUGCUUUCACAAACUUCUGAUUCGAUGGCCCAAACUGCGCUCCAUCAUGGAGAAACUCGGAGGCACCGCAGUCUUCGGUUCUUGGUCAUCCUGGAGCUGUCCCUUUCAGCUUCUAAAUGAUCAGGAGAAACACAAGCACAAUGGUCAGGAUCAGCUCUGUUUGGGACGCAUCACGGUUGGUCGUUAUCAUGAGAGUGUUCACUGGACAUCACUGUGUACAUAUGCGGCUUUGGGUACCGACAGAUGCCAGAACAUCUUGGAUGCAUAUGUACAGAAGCACAUCGACUCUGGUCAUAGGGACACAGAGUACUCCAUCUCGCCUGUCGAGUACUACAAGCUUCCUCAUUACGGGCGUUCUCUUGUACGUCGACUUGGUGGUCAGAAGCUAACAAGAGAAGCCCGGAAAGCGGCAUUCGAGACACACUGCGCCGAGAUCGACGUACCUUGCUGCCAUCCUCGCCUUCUAGUCCAGAAACUCAUGCUCUACAAUCUGUGGGACGCUGACAAGUACCCAAUGUUGAAUCUCUUUGUGGAGAACUUUCAGGCGUGGCGGAAGUGUCUAGCGGAGUACAUGGAGGCUCCGAUGGAUGUUGCAAAAACAGAGCUCAUCAGGAUCUUCUACGGGGGCAAGCCAACUGUUGAAAUUCCGUUUCUUCUGAAACUGUGCGCAGAGGUCCAGCAAGCAGCUACAGUUCUUCUUCAGCACCCGGAAUCCAUGGAAUUUAGUGCGUUGUUCGCAGAUCGACGCAAUCCUGAAUUCAGUCGUUUGUCCGCGUUGCUAUCUUUCGAAGAGGCCAAGUUGCUUACGAAUGUCUCUGCAGUUGUGGGCUCUCAGAUGAACAUGCUCAUCUUCGACGGAGCCUACAUCAAAUGCUUCAGUCUACAGGCAGAGAUCCAGAUCAUGCUUCUCGUUGAUUGCGACGAGCCGCUCUCUGCAGAAGUCUUCAAUGCCGGGUUGCUGCACUCCUCACAGAGAACCACGGAUGCAGGAUUUCGACUGGUUCAUAUCACCCAGGAUGAGAUCGUUGCGGAACAGGACGCGUCUAUUACAUUCUUUGCUCAUUACUCCUUUGAGGAAGAGCGAGGACACUGGUAUGGCUUCCAAUUUCUGUCGGCGGAUGUUGUUAGCAUUGAGGGUGUCGAUGCCGGAAGCAAGCGCUUGGAAGUGUCCGCCAAUGCUCCGCCGCGUCUCUUGGAGGAGGACACUUGCUCUACCUGGUUCCGCUUGGACACAGUGUCGCAUGAGCUUCCAGAGGCGACGGGUCCUGAGUACAAGCUACAGGGAGCAGCGAUGCGAUCAGACGUCCAUCACCACUACAAUUACCGCAAAGUGGAUGGAGAUAAGUAUCAUAGCUUGGACCUGGACCGCAUGGACUACAUCUGUGUGAACAGUCGGCUCGGGUUUUGUCGACGAUUCCUGGAUUACCACAAUGCCUUGCAGUUUCGUGGUGGUCUAAGUCAUAAUGCCAUCAUGUUCGUUCAGGGUGAGGUCAUGUGGGAGGAACCCGACCAACACGCUCGAUGGCACAUCGACUAUGCCAAUGCACAGCUCUAUUAUCAAGUCGUAAAGGAAGCCACCCAGAUGUGGACACCCUCUUCGCAUCAUGGGCACUUGUAUGGCAUCCUUAUCGAACAGCCACUGGGAAACAAGUUUCUUGAUUUCUAUCGUGAUUGGUGGCAACGGAAACAGCUUACCUUGUCAGAGUGGCGUGCUGUGCAUGAGGUUGUCAUUGAUGGUCAUGAAAAGGUUGCGCCCAAACGCUCAGGGCCAUCUCCUGCCCACGCAGGACGACCAAGGAAGGACGGGAGUACGAAGCAGCGUGAAAAUGGUUGGUUUAUGGCCAUAGACCCGUCUAGUGGCACGGUUCUUUCUGUUUCGGAUAUGUCGGAGCCUGAAAACAGUGCAGUCGCUAAGAAUGUCCUGGGCAAGGUUCUCACCAAGGCCACCAACUUGAAUUGUGUCAUUUACGACAAGAUGUGCGUGUGCUUGAAGUCGUUCACAACAGACAAGGACUUCAAGAGAUCAAGUAUUGGUCUGUCGACCGAUUCCACGCGAAAGCACAUUCUGCUUCGUGUCCUUGCUCUCCUAUUCAUGUCCGUCGACUUGAUCUACGCCUCCGUUCCGUGA